AUGUCGAUGGAGCACGUUGCGUCCGUGUGGCUGCCGCGCAGCCUCCACCUGCUUAGCGGCCCGGCGGCUCUCAGUGCCCUGCGCAGCUGCAGGAGCUUGAAGAAGUUGUUGCCUCGCUGCCUCCAGCUUGGUGAGGGCCUUUGGAUCCUUGAGCAGCUGCAGGCCGUUACGCUGAAAGAGCUCCUUGACCGAGAUCAGGAUCUAUGCAGCUCCUUCCUUGAGACAAGAGGUGAGAUGGGGAAGUAUCAGAUACGCUACAUUGCAGACGGGAUUUUUGAGCUUCGCACCAACGUGACCGCAGCGGAGCCGCAGACCAACCCGGACUCGGAUGAUGACCUGGACUGCCCCACAGCCGUGGUUUCAGUUUCAAAGAAGGCAACAGAGGUGGAGCGGAGCCUAUCAGAGAUGUUCGUGGCCAUGAACGGCAAUGAGACAUUGGAGCUGACCAAGCGCGUGCUUGGCCUUCCCAGGCAAAUGGCUCAGCAGCUGCCGAAGCUGUUUGCGGGUAGCUUGGAGAUCGUGGGGGAGGAGUCGCCAGCUCUAGUAGCCAUGGGCCUGGCCGGCUGGGAGGUCGAGGGCGGCCCGGCCCAUUUAGACAGCGACUGUGAUCCGGACGAGGACCCCAGUCGCUGGCCUUUCUUCUGCUUCCGGCAUCCAGAGCCGAAAAUCCCGCUGGCGAUCUUCCAUUUGGAUGGCUGGUUUGAUCUGCCCGGGGGGGACGGAGGUUGCAAGGUGAGCCUGGGGUAUGUGAGCACCGACUUCGACUAUGUCGUGGCGUCGCGGUAUUUCUGCGAGUAUCCCAUACGUCGAAGGUUGGCGACCAGGGUGUCGGCAAGCUUCGAGGAAGCUGCAAACCUACUGAAGGUCGGGAGCGAUGGCCUACUCAAGGUCUCUGAGGGGCCGUGGUCCCGUCUCAGCAGGGAAGGAACAGAGAAGGAGGAGAUCUUUGCGAAGACUACCACGCCUGACGGUUGGGAGGUGGAGGUAACCUCGAUGUAUAUCACGGAUGAUCGGUGCGUCAUGGGUGCUCCGUACCUUAAAGCCGUCUACCGGGAUGCCAGGCGGUUGUUGCGGCAGCACCCGAACUAG